UUUACAAAGAAGAAAUCCCUUGAGGAUCUUGUAUUUGCCUGAUAGCAUCUUUCUGGUGUAACCAUGAGGGUGAAUCAAAACACAAUGCUUCUGGGACAGAAGGUGAUCCUGGUACCCUACACCACGGAGCAUGUACCCAGAUAUCAUGAGUGGAUGAAGUCAGAGGAGCUGCAGCGGCUGACAGCCUCAGAGCCUCUCACUCUGGAGCAAGAAUAUGCAAUGCAGCACAGCUGGCGAGAAGAUACUGAUAAAUGUACCUUCAUUGUACUGGAUGCAGAGAAAUGGCAGGCACAUGGAGACUCAGCUGAGGAAAACUGCAUGGUGGGAGAUGUGAACCUGUUUCUUACUGACUUGCGGGACCCAGCUUUGGGGGAGAUUGAAGUCAUGAUUGCUGAGCCCAGCUAUCGAAGAAAGGGGUUUGGCACAGAGGCAGUUCUGAUGAUGAUGGCUUAUGGAGUGACCACGUUAGGUCUUAACAAGUUUGAAGCUAAAAUUGGACAAGGCAAUGAGCCUAGUAUAUGCAUGUUUAAAAAGCUUCACUUUGAGCAGGUGGCUAUGAACAACAUCUUUGAAGAGGUGAUACUGAGGCUACUGAUGAGUGAGCCAGAGAGACAGUGGCUUCUGCAACAGACCAGCCACGUAGAAGAGAAGCAGUACAGAAACAGGAGCUGGUAGUUGACCAUCUUCCUGGAGUCCUACUAGCCUGCCUCAUCUUAGCUAUACACUCCCAGCCUCUCCUACAAAGACUGGACCCUUAUAAUCCUAGUUUACUCAAAGGCUUUUCCAGGAAAACUGUUCUCUCCAGAUGGCCUAUAGAUUACUGGACUUGAUUGAACUUGGCUUUUGCUGAACUAAAGACAGAUAAGACUCCAUUUGGAAUCAUUUCAUCGGAUCACAAUUAAAUCUUUCAUGGAUCUCUUCUCCCCUGAGGCAGUGUUAGGAAUGGAUACAGGCAGAAGCCUGAAGAGCUCUGGAGAAUGGCAAGUUUGGAAGAGAAGGGAAGAACCCAGAGGAAUUGCUGGAACUGGCCCUGUGACCUGGACUGAGACAGAGGACUAUGGGUCACUCUCCAGCUUCUCCUUGCUCUCAGCCUCAUGGCACACUGACCCUGAUAUUAAGUUCCAGUCAAUAGAACUGGGGGGAGUCCAGAACUAUUAAAACUGCACUAGAGCCAUGCUUUCCUGCCUAGGAAAAGCCCAACCCUGGAUUUACCCGCUGCUCCCUAUACGACCACCAGGGGGCAGUGGAGGAGCAAACCCAGAGAACCUGAGCUGAGUGGGGAAUCCAAACAGGAUGCUGGAGAUAGACUGGCUCUAGAGUGCUCAGAAGUGGGGAAACCACCCCUAGAAUGGCUAUGGCCUCUAUUCUGGCCAUUCUGAAAGUACAGGGCUGUUCCCAAUGCAUUAAAAAAUACAAGCAUCUCCUAAAUUUGAUUACACAUCUGAAGAUGGGAGGCCUAGGAGCAUUAAUAUCUUGACAGGUAGGGGAAUAAAAAUCCACACCCGCCAUCUUUGAACUGAACUCAGUCUCCACCCUAUCUCAGCCACUCCACCCCAUUCUUGACUUAGCCAAAGAACCCCCAGGGCACAUAUUUCUUCCUUAUCCUGGUAUGUGAAGCUGGGAGGGGCCCUGAUCCCAUACAGUUCCUGACAGUCUUCACAUUUAAUAGCCAGAGGUUUUCAAGCAGUAGGGGCAGGGAUUUGGAGCCAAAAGGUUGAAGAGUGGGUUAGGCUUGAAUGCCCAACUUCCAGCUUCUAACCCAAUUUAUGGUCUUGACAUUUUUGCAGACAUAAAGGUAAUAGCACUGCUUUUGAGGCCCUUGGGAGAAUUAUAAUCUUUAACCAUAGUUUUAGUCUUUGACCUCUCAUUCAUUUAUGGGAUUUAAAGAGUUGGAAAGGCCCUUGAAGAUGUUCUAAUCAGCUCCUUUCAUUUUAAGAUGGGGCAACUGACACCCAGGACGCUCCUUCUCCAAAUUAAAUACAGCUAUUACAGCAACUGAAUACAACUUGUAGAAUGAACCCUUCCCCUCUCUGCACAUUUAGAGAAGGGACUGGGCCAGAAUCAGAGAAGAGCAUUGAACCUUCUUUAUUCCUUUUCCCAUGAAAUGGGCACCAAUGCCAGUUACCCCUGUAGAUACUAGACUCCAAUAACUUCUCAUUUAAUAAAUAAAACUAGGGAGCAGGGGGCCAACCUCUACAAUCUAGGAGACUUCUCGCCCCUGCCUUUUUUCAGAGAGGGAGAACAUGAUGCCCUCAUUCUUUUAACCUUUUGACUUUUAUUGCCCCCAAGCUGCUGCUUUCUGUACAGUAUGUGCUGGGGUUAGAGGAACAAAUCUUAAUAAGAGUAAGGCUCACUGCUACAGCCAGAUAAGAUAAUAUCAUUGGAGCUGACUCAGGGUCUCACCAUUCCCAGGAAUCUAUGAACCACCAGACCAGGCAGACAUUAAGCCAAGUCCUUGCAUUCCCACCUACCUCCCCCAGCCCAGGGCUUAGUGCCUCCUAAUAACCCAGGCACAACUCUACAAAAGGCCUAACCUUUUCCCCUGCCUCAUUCCAGACCUCUAUUCUAAUCACCUAGGACUCCACAUUCUUCACUGUGCCAGACUAAAGUUUCAACUGUAGGGGCCCCAAAGGUAAAUCUGAGCCGUGACUGAUGGUGAGGGGUGUGUAUGGGAGUAGAAAUUUUUGUGCCUGGGAUAAGAAAGCUGGGAAACGGGUGUGUAUGGCGUGGGGGGAGGGGGGGAGAGGUGAGUUGGUCUGGGGAAUUCAUUGCAAUCAUGUGGUUGUUUCCUAUUUUAGUAAUGAGGUGCUAAAUUUUUUCUCUAACUGCUGAAGGAUUAAAAGUUUUGUCAGUGACUUUUGCAUCCAGAA